AUGGCAGUCAUCAGUGUUCAGUGUCCUGGGUGUGAUGACAGGGUGAUGACAAGGAAGGCUGUCCUUGCCUUUGAAGUUACAGGCUUCAGUAUUAUGAAUAUGAGCAUUCGAUUUUAUGAAAUGUUAUGCUUUCUGCAACUUACUUUCAAAGGCUUGGAGCAAAUAUCUAGGGGCCAAGGAUGUAGGGGUCAUUGUACUGGUCUUGUAAUUUUUCUGUGGUUUGAAACUUUUCAAAAUAAAAUGUUGGGGGGAAGUGACCCCCAAGAAAUCCAUCACACUCACAGUUGGCUGGACAAUGGUUGUCUGCUUUGGGAUGUUGGCUCCAAGCAUGGGCAGGCGACUGGGAGGAAGGGCAAGCUUCUGACCAGUGUGCCGGGCAAGGCACUGGGGUUACCAGUGAGUAUCCCCAGAGGUAGCUGGCUUCAGGGAGACGGAGCCAUAUUAAACACACACCUAGCAGACUGA